AUGGGUCGUGAAAGACAGAAAAAAAAGAACAGAUCUUCUAUCUCAAAGGCGAGACCAAAAUCCAACAGGACAAAAGCUGGGAAGAAGAAAGUCAAUUUUCUAGGAAACACGACCAUAGCUGAAAAUUGGGAUCGAAAGCUUACCGUCUCUCAAAAUUACAAGAGGUUAGGUCUCUCCUCUAGAUUGAAUGCAGCGACUGGUGGCACCGAGAAGAAAAGAGCCGGCGUGGAUGGUGACAACAAGAACAAUCCUCAAGAUUCCCUUGCCAUAGCCGGACCACGAGCCAGUGCCUUAUCACCUCACGAAGUUCAAGUCGAAAAGGAUCCGGAGACUAGCCGCAUAAUCAGGGUGAUCAGACCAGAGGCCAAUGACGAGGAUGACAACCCUCUAAACGAUCCACUGAAUAAUAUUAUGCAUGUUGAGAAUACAAAACCAAAACCAAAAACACAACACGGCGUUGUUGCAGAACUUGAAGCUCAAGCUGCAGAAGAAGAAGAGCGAUUGGCCAAGAAGCGACCAAGGCACCAGAGUCAACGAGAAGAAGAAUGGAUUGCGAAGCUUGUGAGUAAACAUGGCGACAAUGUCAAGGCCAUGGUCAGAGAUCGGAAGCUCAACCCUAUGCAGCAAACAGAAGGCGAUAUUGGCCGAAGAAUCAGGAAAUGGAAGGCAAAUCGAGCAAUUACGACAUGA